AUGACCACUCCUCUUCCCCCUGGUCUUACUUUAAAUGAGAGAGAAACUGAGGUAUUUAAUGGUCUCUCCCGACGACAACUAAGAGCGUUUAACGCCCUGCCAGAUAAUCCAUCGAAAGUUAUUUUUAUCCAAGCGAUUAUGACUGAGCAGGAGAGAGAUCGCCAAAAAUCGAAUGAGGCUGAGGGUUCAACGAUGGUAGGAGAAACGCUUCCGGAUUUAGUCUUCUUGAAUACUGCUCAAUGGAGAAAUCAUUCCAAGCCCUCGUUCUAG